AUGGAGCAUCACCCGAGUAGCAAUAUUGAAGCAGAAGUAUAUGCGUUUAAUGAUUUCAAAUGCCAUCCUGCGGUCCCUUUGGAACCCCCUUCUAAUACCGAGCCUUGGCAUCCAUUCCAUUCCCGACUUGAGUUCGAAGUUGAACUUGCCCUUGAGGCAGGUUUAAAUAACGAACAAACCGACCGACUUAUCAAAAUAUGUCAUCAUUGCACCGUUGGGAAGGAAAAUUUCACAUUCAAGAACCACAAAGACAUCCAUGUCAAGUGGGAAGCGGCUUCUUUUCGCAUUACUAAGUUUACCAAGGAAGUCAUUUCGGUCCCAUACGACGGCAAAACGUGGAACUUUGACCUACAUUACAGGGAUCUCUGGGGAUUAGCUAGUGACCUACUUGGGGACCCUCACAUUUUUCCACAUUUCACGUUUGACGCGCAACACUUAUCUAAGUUUGAUGGGGAGACUUUCGUUCGCUUCGUCGACGAACCAUACACUGCGCAGGAUUUCUGGGAUGUACAAUCACAAUUACUGCCAGGCGGGAAGCCCUUGGCCUUCAUACUAUACACUGACAAAACGAGACUAUCAUCGUUUGGGACAGUGAAGGGCUAUCCUGUGGUUGCACAUUUAGCAAAUCUGCCCACUGGUAUUCGAAAUGGACAAGGCACCAGUAGCGGCUACAUGAUAGGAUGGCUACCAAUUGUAAAGGAAGAUAAGGACUAUGCUGGAAAGCCCAGCUGGGUAAACUUCAAAAACGCGGUCUGGCACGAGUCAUUUCGAAGAAUCACGUCGUCGUUAGCAUCGAAAUCGAGGGUGGGACAAUGGUUCACUUGCAUGGAUGGCGUUGAAUGCUGGUUUUUCCUCAUUGUGCUUAUUUUGUCUACUGACUAUGAGGAGCAGUGUGUGAUGUCGCUAACACGAGGAGUCAUGAGCCUAUGGCCAUGUCCCAUAUGUCUUGUCCCUCGAGAUGCGCUCAGUGAUACCUCAAAGACAUACAUGCGCCGGACUGCAGAUGAUUCACGUGCUGCAGUAACAACUGCACGAGCAAAAGAUACCAUAAAAGAGCCAGAGGAGGUUCUAAAAGUACUAGGACUACGUAACAUCGAGAAUGCACUAUGGGCCAUACAAUACUCGGACGUCCAUAGGGCGUUGUCGCAUGACCGAUGCCACUUUAAUCAUGGCGGGCUUUGGUCACAUCACUAUUGGGUUGAACUGCAGAAAUACAUAGCAAGACUCGGACGAGCAAAAGUAUCACAAGUUGAUAAGGCAUAUCAAGCAUUCCCUCACUGGCAGGAUCUACGGCACCCAAACCAAGUGAUGAAUGUUUCGUUUGCGGACAGUGCCAUGCAUGAAGAUAUUUCAAAGAUGAUCAUCUAUGCUACACAUAACAUCCUGACGGAGGACAAAUCACCACUUGGAUACCUUUUGCUCCGAUGUGUGCGACUUUACCUUGAAGCCGAUAUAUAUGCCGCAUUUGAAGUUCACACAACUGCAACAAUCAGCGCAGGGAGAGGUGCUGUCCAGGCCCUGAUGGCACUUAUGAAGCAAUAUAUCAUUAAAACUGAGGAUGACGACGAAUCAGACAAGGAUUGGAAUUUUCUGAAGUUGCACAUGUUGACGCACUUAUUUGACGACAUCGAGGCCAAAGGAGCUUCAAGGAAUUACAAUACAAAGCCAAACAAGCAGAUGUACGGACCGUUGAAGGACUGGUACCAGGAACGAACUAACUUUAAAGAUUUUGCAGAACAGAUCCUUCGAAUAGAUCACUGGUUUCAUGUUGCAGAUGAUAUUCGUCGUCAUCUCUUGGACUUAGAUGACCAUCUAAUGUUCACAUCACAAGGCCAAGCAAACGAUGAUGAUGACAAAGAUGAAGAUGAAGAUGCUCAGCGCCCUGCGAGUGACUUCCUCCCUGGUUUGAACAUCGAUGGGUCUCUGCAUGUGAAACUCGGUUCCAGCCAGGCUCCACAGACAUUUGCUCUCAUUGAGGAUACUCACCAGAACGAUGACACAUUCACCAACUUCUGUGUCAAGCUCAACUCAUUUCUAAAUGACUUUCUCCCUGCCUGCAACAUACCCCUUCCAGAUGGAAAGAGAAUUCACCUCAAAUCAGAUGUUGCAGUUACUGCACAUCAAUUUCUGCGAGUGAACUUCGAGUCCCUCAUAGAUUGGCGGCAACACACGGACUACUUGCGGUGCAACCCAUGCUUCUAUAAUGCACCCUGCUUCGAUUGUGUCUUCAUUCAGACCUGUGCGAAUGUCAUCAUUGGAUGUCUGCUCUUCCUUUUUGAUUGCCCAGUUGGAGAGGAUCUGUUUCCGCUUGCUCUUGUCCAUCCAUUCGAUGCUCGCACAGCACAAGCCGAAUUUUUCUCGGUCAGGUCGAUCAUUCGCGGGGCACUUCUAGUGCAUGAUGCCAGCCUUGAUUACCUUGUCGUUGACACGGUUGAUACCGACAUGUUCCUCCGGGUGAAGGAAAUGCAUUUGCAGGCUGGACAUGUAGUUCACAUUUGA